CCACAGGGUGGCCACACGUGUGAACACAUGUAAUCUUACACAACCUCUUACCAAACAUUGAAAAGAGGGUUCCAUAACACACUGCAGCUCCUCCUCGGGAUACUCCUGUCUCUCUGAAGGCUGUUCUGAGACAGGAAGAGGCUGUUACAUCACAGACAACAAUGAAGUCCAUCGCUUGUUUCUCAUCGUCUGUCAGAGCAGCGUGUCAGCACACCUCAGCUUGUGUCCCUGUAAACCGAGGUCUCUGCAGUCCGGUGAGAAGAUGCUCUCAUGUGGAUUUUGCCAACAAAACUGUAGUGGCACAGCAGCCACGUGUAACCGGUGUGCGUACUUUCCAUAACACGCACGUAAACGCAACAGCAGUGCAGCAGGUGAGUGCAACCCCUCUGCCCACCCCGGUGCCCAUACCAGGGAGAGGAGAGGAUGAACUGACUGUGUUCCAGUUUGGCAGAUAUAUGCCAACAAAGACGGGUGCAAGACCAGCCCCUCACCUGUCUCCAUACAGCCCAUACACCAAGCCACAGAGCAAUGCAGCUGCACUAGUCAACAUCCGGUCUCUGACUGAAGGAGAGGUGAUCCCUGAGCUGUGCUCCAAGCUGGCAGGCUUCCCCAGCAAUGACAGGGCAGAGGGACUCGCCACUUUACUUGGAGCAUGUGUUGAAUUUGGCCUGGCAGCCCACAACCCUCUAGUCAUCAGACUGAUAAAUGAGUGCCUGGAGCUCCUCUCCAGCGGGGACAUCGAGGUGUCACAGCUCUGCCACCUGGGUGAGGUGGCAUAUGCCCUGGAAGGCCGCCAGUCGGCCAUUGUGACAGAGGUUCUGGACUCUAUAGGUGGUGCCGUAGAAGAGGAUGUCUCUCACAGGGAGGCUGCCAGAGUCUACUCCCUGCUGGCUCUGUGUCACGACCCUGCCAGCCAGAGGCAGAAACUCAUGCUGUCCACUUUGCACAGACACACACAGAGGCAGGUCCACCGGCUGAAAGCAAGCCAAGUCAGCGACAUACUGCAGUCCCUGUUGAAGUUACAGCAGGAACAGGCCAUUUCCCUGGUGCUGAGGCUGAGUCACAGAGCAUCACGGGUUUUCAAAGCUUUCAGAGAUGAUGAAGUUAUUAAGGUGCUCUCUGCGCUGAUGACCCUGGGACAGCACGAUGAAGAGCUCCUGACUGCUAUGGAGAAACACCUACCAGGGAGGCUGGGAACGUGUGAUCCGGAGCUGAUCAGCACCGUCAUGGAGUACUGUCUGCAAAUGAGGUGCCGCUCUGAGCCGAUCUUCGAAGCUGUUGCUGAGAACUUUGUAUGCCAUGCUGAGAGGCACACCACCCUUCAGAUUGCCAAACAGAUAGUUGCCAUGGGGAGACUCAACUAUCUACCACAGUGUUCCAGUGAGAUGUUCAAAAAGCUUGAGAGCAUUUUGUCAACGAGGUUUUCCCAGUUCCAGCCUCGCUCCCUGAUAGAAGUGUUGCACGCCUGCAUCCACCUGGAGCGCUUCCCACUCAACUACAUGUCCAGAGUCUUCAGCCCAUACUUCUUACAAAGGCUACAAGCACAGGGGGAGCCAUUGGACAAGAAUGCACUGGGACAACUGACACAGCUCCAUCUCUCCACCUCAUUGGAGUGCACUCACUACUGGGGUCCCAGACUGCCCUAUUUCCUCCAUGUGAAGAGGUUUUCGUCUGUGGACCAGGCCUUUGAGACACCUAUGGAGAGUCUCCUUUACAGACAGGUCAAAGGGCCACUGACAGAGCUGCUGGGGGGGACGUUUUACUCCACCAGAACCUUUACCCCCAGUGGAUACACAAUAGAUGUGGAAAUAUACCUGGACGAGGAGGGAUGUGUUCUGCCUCUCUCUCAGUGGGAACACACCUACAGAAGAAUUGCACUGUGUUUGGAUGGCCAAAACCGUUUCUGUAGCAACACACAGCACCUGCUGGGGAAGGAAGCCACUAAAAGGAGACACCUCCGCAGGAUGGGCUAUGAAGUGGUGCAGAUCCCUUACUUUGAAUUUGAGAAACUGAUAACUGAGGAGGAAAAGGUCCAAUAUCUUCACAACAAGAUCUUUCCCACCAUCUUCAAGUUUAGUCAUGGAUUGUAAACACCUUCCAAGUUCAACGGAAGAUUCCUCAGUGUCUUUAACUGGAUGAUCUUCCAGUUGCUGUACAGAUCAACUGUCCUUCCAAUGAAGUAUAUGAGCAUUUAGCCGAGUGAUGCAGACUAGGUAUGUAAAGUAUGAAGAAGAUACAAAGCAUGGCAGAAAAUGAAAAUAAUUGUGUCUGUGAUAUUCAGAUUCAGCACAUACAUGUCCUAAUGGGAGGACACUAAUCAUCAGAAAUAAGGCAGAAUAAAACAUUUCAAAGGCAUUUACAUCCCCAAAUAACCAAGGCUUAAUGUACCAGAUGUCACUGUAAAACAUAAGAGAGAUCUGGCAUUUGUGUUUGUUCCCAUGUUCCCUUAAGUUUUUUUUUAAUUUUAUUAAACAGCCUGCCUUAUUUUGAGCCUUAAAGUGAAAAAAAGUAAUUGGAUAGUUUUACAGGGAUCACUGUUUAAUACUAAGGUAUCCGAUAUCAAAGCUCCCUGUUCAGAUUGAAUAGGGGUCAAGAUGAAGAUGAAAAUACAGCUGCUGAAGAAGGGUACUACCAGGUGAAAUACAACAUCCCUGGCGAUUUGCAACUAUUUCUUAUAUUUGCACCGUAGGACUGAAAUUCAGGACUAUUUCAAUCAUAACGCUGAGUUUUUUCGAAUUUCAGGAAGCUUAAUUUUAUAAUGAUACUGGCCAUUUUUAGCCUGCUGUUAACUUAUUGUUGUUAUAUGGACAUGAUAGUGACUAUUUAUGUGAUGGAUUAAUGAAUGGCAGAGUGUUGUGGCUUCCACCUUUGUCAUAGCAUUGCUACCUCUUUUUUCAGAGGAGGGGGGUCAAAAUGAAAUGUACAUGAGGU